UAAAAAAUGGAAGGUCAACAAAAAUAUAUCCUCAAAUACUAUUUUGUUGGUCCCUUUGAUGGCAUUGACAUCCAAUGCCUCCUCCCUCUUCUCUCUCCUUAAAACCCACCCAAUUCCCAAGGCAUUCUCUUCUUCAUUCAAAGCAAUUGCGUCUCUUGGAGAACCCAGAAAAAUGCCUUCCGAAUCUAAGACCAUUGAUUCUCACCUCCAUGUUUGGGCUUCUCCACAAGAGGCUGCAGAAAAAUACCCAUAUUUUCCUGGUCAGAAGCCGUCGAUCCCCGGCGAUAUCGAGCUCUUGCUCAAAUGUAUGGAGGAAGCGGGAGUUGAUGGAGCUCUGAUAGUGCAACCCAUUAAUCAUAUGUAUGAUCAUUCUUUGGUCACGAGUGUUUUGAAAAGGUAUCCAUCCAAAUUCAUUGGUUGUUGCCUUGCAAAUCCUUCAGAAGAUGGAAGUGGAAUUAAGCAGCUUGAAGAUCUUGUCCUCAAGGAUGGCUAUCGAGCUGUUCGGUUUAACCCAUACUUGUGGCCUUCUGGUCAAAAGAUGACAAACAAAAUUGGGAAAGCAAUGUUCAGUAAAGCAGGAGCACUCAAAGUGCCAGUGGGAUUUAUGUGUAUGAAGGGCCUUAGUUUACACAUUUCAGAGAUUGAGGAGCUAUGCUCUGAAUUCCCGUCAACUGUUGUUUUGCUUGAUCACAUGGCUUUCUGUAAACCACCCACAAAUGAGGAGGAAAAUAAGACUUUUUCUGAGCUGCUGAAGCUGUCUAGAUUCCCACAGGUUUAUGUGAAAUUUAGUGCUCUUUUUCGUUUGUCAAGGAAGCCAUAUCCUUAUGAGGAUACAGGUGAACUUCUUUCCCAAGUGAUUUCCAGCUUCGGGGCUAACCGAGUAAUGUGGGGCAGUGACUUCCCUUUUAUCGUUGCGGAGUGUGGCUAUACAAAGGCGAAGGAAGCUGUCUCUCUAAUCGCCGACGAGAUAUCCUUAUCGCCCUCCGACUUGGAGUGGAUAAUGGGAAGAACUGCUGCCCAGCUGUUGCGACAAUCCUAAGAAUUCCUCCUCUUAGGCAGUUUACGUGCUGUGUGUUCCUUUGUACUUUAAUCUUGCAAAACUUAUUAUAAAUAAGCUCAAGAUCUCUACAUACUAUAAGAACGUUGUAUAUGUGAGAGAUCCCAUGUAAUGGUUGUUUGAAUGUCAAAAGCAAAUUACAGCCAGAGUUGAAUUAUGCGA